GGAGUGGGCGUGGCGUCCACUGUCGAGCCCUGCCUGGGCUGGCCCGGCCCCUCCAGCUGGGAGCUGCUCUCCUAGUGGCGCUGGGUGACUGUACUUCGAAUCAGCCUGGCAGUUAGGCGGUCGGCGCUGCACGGGGCUGAGUCUGCUUUGUCUUGGUCCCGGGAACAGUCGCCGCAAUAUCCGGACAAGCCCGCCCCGGCUACUUGGCGUACUCCGCCUUAAGAAGCGAGUCCAGGAAAAGGCCCGCCUUUACAGCCCCCCGUCGGGCCCGAUAGGAGCGAAGCGAGCGGCGUUGGCAAGCCUUGUCAGGAACGGUGAUGAUCUCGAGCGUUGUUCUGGCGGCAGUUUGUGCCAUCCUGGUGAAUGGGGAGGGGACUGGCAUACUCCAGAAUGAAACUCCCAGGAGAGAAAACAGAGAUGACUUGACAAAUCUCCAUCUCCGCCCAUCCCCAAAAGCUUUGGAACAUAUAAGACAGAAAAAUGUUUUGUUAUCCAAAGAAGAUACCUUAAGCGAUCUUCCUCAAGUUGCUUUCAUGUCCAAGCCGCAAGAACCUGUGACUCCAAAUAACGGAGGGAAGAAAAGGAGAAAAGGAAAGGGAAAGAAAAGAGAUCCCUGCUUGGGAAAAUACAAGGAUUAUUGUAUUCAUGGAAAAUGCAAAUAUAUUAAGAAACUUAAAUCUCCAUCUUGUAUAUGCCAGGAAGACUACCAUGGGGAGAGGUGCCAUGCUCUUAGCCUUCCAGUGGAAAACCGCUUUGAUGGUUACGAUCGUACAACUAUCCUGGCAGUUACAGCAGUGAUUCUGUCAUCCCUGUGUCUUAUCAUCAUUGCAGUAUUAUUGAUGCUGAGAUGUCACAAAAAAGGAGUAUAUGAUGUAGAGAAUGAAGAGAAGGUUAAAUUGGGCAUCACUGUCAAUCAAUGAACUGUCCAAGAACUGCAAGGUUUAAGCAGUGAAACAAGUUCUACAUUCACAAUUGAAUGGAUAAUACUCUUUCUAGGACACGCUUAAAGAGGAACUUGUAUGAAUGAGAACAACUUUGUUUUCAAGGAAAUAAUGCUUUGUUAAAGAAGCAAAUCAUAUCUCUAAAUUGAAAGAAUUCUCUGAGAGACAGAACCACAUUUAUUCGCAGAGGACCUGUUCACAAUGUGGAGCUACAACCCGAGAAGAUUUGAAAUUUGUCUUCUUACCAGUGGAAAAUGACUUUGGCAUGAACCAGGCAACUGGAUUCUUUACAAAACUGUUGCUGAAUAGUCCUCUGAAAAACUGUGAAACACUCUCCUGAAGAGAUCUACUUCUUGAACUUUAUUUAAUCCAAAAAAUAUUUAACAAGAUGCUUCAUUUUAAGUUAUAUAUUUAUUUUAGAUACAAUGUACAUGUUAUUUAUUUAAGACUUAAUCCUGUAGUCCUGAAAUCAACAGGAAAGACAGGAGUAUUGCGCAGUGUACCACUCUAAUAAAUAACCUUUCUUAUG